UCUCUCUCUCUCUCUCUCUCUCCGCGCUUCCCUCUUCGGCUCUUCCUCCCGCGCGUCACGCCGCGCUUCUCCGUUCUCUCAGAUCAUCAUCACCUUCGUCAUCUCCCAGACUCCCCCCUCCCCUUCCCCUCCCUCUCUCUCUCAUCCAAACCCUAACCCUAAUACACUUCUCCUCCGCCCUCCCUCUUCUCCCUUUCCCUCUCCCCACUCCGCGUAUUCAGGAGGGGCGGUCGGAAGAAAUCGAUCACUUUUCAUGUCUGCGUCGGCCGCCUCGUGAUGGAUCUUCUAGGGUUUGCGUCUCGGGUCGAUCUCCGCCCUUCCCCGCCAUGGUGGUGCUCCUCUCCAUAACGCUGUUUUUGACUAGUCAGAGCCGUAAUUUUGUGGAGAAGGGGAGUCUCUUUGGGGCAUGUGAUGGCAAGGUUUUUUUCUUUUGGGAAGAUAAGGAAUGUUGGUUACUCUUUUCUGACAAAGUCAAGAGCCAACAUUUCCAGGGCACACAACGAUGGAUCAGCUUUUGAAACUUGUUCGAUGUAUUCUCACAGAGCCUUUUCACACCAUAAGAUAUCUAAUGUAAGAAACACAUGUAUGUUCGAUAAAUCUAUGAAAAACUUAUACUGGAGCCAUGGCAUGAGAAAGUUCUCCGUCUAUUCAUCAUCUGGUGGGUCAAUGGGAAAUUAUGCCCAAGUUGCUUGGAAACAGCUAUCUGUUGUACAUUCCUGCAGAGUAAGAACCUCUCGGUCUAUAAGUAAAAUUGCUUGUGCUAUGAGCUUGGCUGCCACUAGAUCUCAUUUGGUUCCUUAUAUUUUUGCCUUUAUUGGUGGAGAGCUGGUGCUAACUCAGAAGACAUCGGCAGAUGGGGACUACUUCCCAACUAGUAGUAGCAUAUAUAUGCGAGCGCAGGAUGGUCGUAUUUACUUCACUUCAUUGAUUUUCUACGUAGUGGAGUUUAUUAUAUUAUUACUGAGAUCAAUCUAUUUGGCAAUGUUAUUCUCGCCUAUCAUAGUAAUGGCUCCAUUUGCAGAUGCUCUUGGUUCUCGAUAUAGGAGAACAUGGCUUAUUCUUGUCCACCGCACACUGGAAAAAGCAGGCCCUGCAUUUAUAAAAUGGGGACAGUGGGCGGCCACUCGUCCAGACCUCUUUCCUGGUGAUCUCUGCUCGGAGCUGUCGAAGCUCCACACUAAAGCACCGGCUCAUAGCUUUGCCUACACAAAGAAAACGAUUGAGAAGGCAUUCAGCCGCAAGAUUUCUGAUAUUUUUGAGAAUUUCGAGGAGGAACCUGUAGCAUCUGGGAGUGUUGCUCAAGUGCAUCGUGCUUCCUUGAGAUUUCGGUAUCCUGGCCAACAGACAAAGCGUGUUGAUGUUGCUGUCAAAGUUAGGCACCCGGGAGUAGGCGAGUCAAUUAGGAGGGAUUUUGCUAUCAUUAAUACAGUGGCAAAAAUUUCCAACUUCAUACCUACAUUGAAAUGGUUGCGGCUAGAUGAAAGUGUCCAACAAUUUGCCGUCUUCAUGAUGUCUCAAGUUGAUCUCGCGAGGGAAGCUGCCCAUUUGAGCCGGUUUAUUUACAACUUCCGGAGGUGGAGGGAUGUGUCUUUCCCCAAGCCCCUUUACCCUCUUGUGCAUCCUGCUGUCCUAGUUGAGACGUAUGAGCAAGGGGAAAGUGUUUCAUAUUAUGUUGAUGCGCUGGAGGGACAUGAUCGACUCAAAAGUGCUCUUGCUCAUAUUGGGACUCAUGCGCUGUUGAAAAUGCUUCUGGUUGACAAUUUUGUUCAUGCAGAUAUGCACCCUGGCAAUAUCCUUGUCCGUGUAGCACAACCAAAGCAUCCGAAUAAGUCAAGACCUCAUGUCGUAUUCAUCGAUGUAGGCAUGACUGCUGAGCUAUCUAGUAGCGAUCGUACAAAUUUGCUGGAGUUUUUCAAAGCUGUUGCUCUUCGAGAUGGUCGCACUGCUGCAGAAUGCACUCUAAGGUUGUCAAAGCAACAGAACUGCCCAAAUCCAAAAGCUUUUGUCGAGGAAGUGGAGAAGUCGUUCACUUUUUGGGGCACUGCAGAGGGUGACGCUGUCCACCCUGCAGAAUGCAUGCACAAAUUGCUCGAGCAAGUUCGCCGUCAUAAGGUCAAUAUUGAUGGCAAUGUCUGCACUGUCAUGGUUACCACUUUAGUUCUUGAGGGGUGGCAGCGCAAGCUGGAUCCUGAUUAUAAUGUGAUGCGGACGCUACAAACUCUACUAUUCAAAUCGGAUUGGGCAAAGUCUCUCCAGUACACAAUAGAAGGUCUCAUGGCCCCUUAGAGAAAACGGUUUAAAUGUCGUGUUUCUUCCCCCAAAAUUUUGAUCGGCGAUUCCAUGUGUUAGUUACUAUUCAUAUAAGAGUUGUGGUGGAAAUGGCCACUCUCUAGUCUCUCCUCCCGCCUUUUCUUCUUUUUUUCUUGAAGUUCUUUCAUUACUUUACGCAUUUUCGUAGUUGAUUUAUCAGGUAAAUGGCAGAGAAAAUGGCCACGAAUAAAAUAUAAUCCUUUUCUUUUUUCCUGGUAUCAUACUUGAAUUGAUUUACGUCUGUAUAUUGAACAUCUAUAUCAAUUUUGAUCAACUGAAGUGCUUAUUUUGCAGCUUGUUUUC